CACCAACAGCACCUUCUGGGCGAUCGACAAUCACACUGAGCUUCAUGCUGUGCGGAAACGGCUCAGGAGCAAGGCUGUGUCCGGCCGGGUACGUGUGCCUGCCGGGGAUCGGCGACAACCCCAACUACGGCUACACCAGUUUCGACACCUUCCUCUGGUCCAUGCUGACCACAUUCCAGCUCAUCACCCUCGACUUCUGGGAGGAUGUCUACAACAAGAUUAUCGCCGCCAUGGGCCCCUGGAGUAUCCUGUUCUUCGGGCUGGUGGUGUUUUUCGGCUCCUUCUACCUCAUCAACCUAAUGCUGGCCGUCGUGGCCAUGAGCUAUGAAGAAGAGGCUGAGAACACCGAGGAGGAGAAGGUGAAGGACUUGGCGGAUCACCGGGACGAUUCCACCUUCAGCUUCGACCCUUCCAACCUGAAGCUGCACCGUCUGGACAAGGACAGCAAGUUCCCGACGAUCCGACUCAAGAACCACACCAUCUUCGCCUCCUACAAGUACAACAAGAAGAAGAAAAAGAAAAAAGCCAAGGGCCGUAAGUCGGUGGAGGGCGGUGUGACCAAGGAGGACGACAGCUGUGUGUCGGCGGACGGCCACGUCAGCGCUGUGUCCCCUGCCGGAAGGAGGGUCAGUGAGCUACACGACGAGCACGAGACUAACGAGCUCCGUCCGCGGGCGCUGGUGCACGAGCUGCUCAGCCCGGAUCCGCGGCCGGUGGUGGUGGAGCUGCCGGGGGCGAUCCGCACCCCGUCCGUUAGCCCGCAGCGCAAACAGUCGUCCUCCUCGGACCGGUACGCCGCCGCGGCCCAGGACCCGACAGAGGUGUCGUGCGACUCGUCGGCACUGAACGUCCGCGCACUGCCGCCGUCACCAAUACCGGCGGCUGCCCCGCCGACCACCGAGGCGCAUCCGCUGCGCUCCUCGUGUGAGCAGCUGGAGGCCACCGAGAAAACCAGCGUGCAGAUGUUCCAUGGAGGGGAGCUAGACGAGUACUACGUGCAUAUCACCACCGGCCAGCAGCCGCUGGGGCCGGCCGGCAGCCGCGGCGCGCUGGACUGUACCCCCACCGGGGACGCGGCCGACGAGCUGGCCGGUCUGGAGGACGCGGGUCUGGACGAGGACGCCGUGUCACCACUGGCCGGUCACCGCUCGCAGGGCGGCGGCCGGCGCGAGGCGCUGCGUCACGCCAUGUUCGCCACCAGUGUGGAGUCGCAGGGUAUCGGGGAGAUGCGGGGUAACAGUGACUCGUCCACCAGCGAGCACCGCUCGGCGGGCGACGUGCGGCGGCUGGGGAUGCGCGAGUGCUCCUUGGACGACUCCGGGGUGGUCGGAGACCAGGAGACCAUGUCCGAGCGCGGCAAAAACAUGAUGAUCCGGACGGAGGAUAUCACCCCUCUGGCCAAAGCGCUGGACCUGGAGGUCACACUCACGGAGAAGAAGUGUAACGGGAUCAGUCCCCAGCGCCGGAGUCCGUCGCCCUCCUACGUCUCCCAUGUGGUCGAGCUACACGACGAGACGCCGGACCGCAACUGCGACUGCUGCUCAUCGUGCUGCAUCUGGUACGAGACGUGGCUGCGCUGGCAGAACCGGCUGCACCUGCUGGUCACCGACCCCUGCUUCGACGUGUUCAUCACGCUCUGCAUCAUCCUCAACACGGCCUUCCUGGCGCUGGAGCACUACGGCAUGUCCAACGAGAUGCGCCAGACGCUGGAGAUCGGCAACAGGGUAUUCACAUCCAUCUUCACACUGGAGUGCACACUGAAGGUGAUCGCCAUCAGCAAGGAGUUUUUCCGCUCCGGCUGGAACAUCUUCGACCUGAUCGUGGUGGUGGCCAGUCUGGUGGAGCUGUCGCUGCAGAACAUUAACGGCCUCUCCGUCCUGCGUGUUCUCCGACUGCUCCGAGUGUUGAAGCUCGCGCAGUCGUGGACGACCAUGCGAGUGUUGCUCAGUAUCAUCAUAUCGUCUCUGGGCGCCCUCGGAAACCUGACCUUCGUCCUGGUGAUCGUGAUCUACAUCUUCGCCGUGAUCGGGAUGCAGCUCUUCUCCAACAGCUACACAGCGGAUAUAUUCGAGCCGGAUCCAGUACCCCGAUGGAAUUUCAACGACUUUUUCCAUUCAUUUAUGAUGAUAUUUCGCAUCUUAUGUGGAGAGUGGAUCGAGCCACUGUGGGACUGCAUGAGGGCGAAGCGUGAAGAGUCGGAGAUGUGCCUUGCGGUCUUCCUGCCGGCGCUGGUGAUGGGCAACUUCCUCGUGCUGAACCUGUUCCUGGCCCUGCUGCUCAACAGCUUCAACUGCGAGGAGCUGCGCACCAGGAAAGAGGGUCAGGUCGCGCCCCACGGCGGCCCCGGUAUCGAUCUCGUCACUCUGCGGCGCCGGCUGCGCUACCUGAGACGCCGCCUCGUCCCACCGGCCGGCCGGAGAGCCUCGCAGCCCUCUCCUCGACCGGCGCGGCGAAUGGAGCUGCGAGCGGAGCUCAAAACGAGCUCGCUGAGUGAAGGCUUGGACCGAGAAUGCGCCAGCGCCUCUACCAUGCGCUCACACGCCGGACGAACGGCGUCCCCUCUUCUGAGAGAGUCCUCAGCUGACAGAAUGAAGGGCUGUACGGGCUGUGAUCAGUUACCCAACGAAUACACUGCGCAGCAAAGGAGCGAUGGCAAGAAGCACAUUUCGCCUGGCUGUUCAGCGCUGGGCUCCAGUCAGGAAGCCAAGGGCAAGUCGAAGCUGGUGCAGAGCGUGCAGCGUCUCAAAGGCUACAUCCGCAGUCACCGGGACCCCGAGUCUCGCCAGAGGGAGGUAAUAGCGGCCUUCGAGAGCGCUCGCGUGGACCAGCCGGCGCGCUGUGCACUGCCGCCGCUCCCCGUCUCCGUGUCGGUGCCCGAGAUCCGGCGCACACUGGACGAGACCGACCUGCUCUCGGACAGCUCCGACCCACUGCAGGCCGGCUACAAACAGAUCAACGCAGAGCACUUCUCCUCACCGUCAACGUCGCCACUCUCAGAGGUGGGACCGCCGGUCACCCGGCUCGCCCCGCCGGCCGGCACCGGUGGCGUCUUCAAGAGCCCCUCGACUGUCUCCAACUGGUCUACACUGGCCACCUACGUGGAGAGCCUGCGUGGACGGGACCAGACGGGCUCCAAACCGGAGCCGACGGCCGAGCAGCAGCAGCAGCAGCGCAAACGGGAGCCCAACGACUGCUUCCCAGUGGGCUGCUACAACAGGUUCCCGUGCUGUCAGGCGUUUACACGGACUCCGGUGUACCGGCGGUGGCACCGAUUUCGCACCGUGGUCGUGCGCUUCGUGGACAACUCGUACUUUGAAUGGGUGGUGCUAGUGAUGAUAAUUGCCUCGAGCAUCGCGCUCUGCUUCGAGGACAAGUACUUGUAUCAGAGGCCGCAGCUGAAACGCUACUUACGGUGGGCCAAUCUGGUGUUUGCGUCUCUCUUUACUGUGGAAAUGGUUCUGAAGUGGGUGGCCUUCGGUUUGAAGAAGUACUACUCCAAUGCCUGGACGAUUCUCGACUUCAUCAUCGUUGUGGCAUCCAUCUUCAGCCUUGCCAUAGAGGAGAACGAGACACUGGUCGCGCUCCGUUCGCUGCGAACACUGCGCGCCCUCCGACCUCUCCGGGCUAUCUCUAGGUGGCAAGGAAUGAAGAUCGUCGUGAACGCCCUCAUGUUCGCGAUCCCCUCCAUCUUCAACGUGCUACUGGUGUGCCUGGUGUUCUGGCUCAUCUUCUCCAUCAUGGGCGUGCAGUUCUUCAGCGGCCAGUUCUACAAGUGUGUCGACGAUGACGGCGAAAGGCUGCCCGUCUCGGUGGUGAACGAUCGUAACGACUGUGGCCGCCUUAAUUACACCUGGGUCAAUUCCAAGAUAUCGUUCGACAACGUGGGGAUCGCGUAUCUGGCUUUGUUUCAAGUCGCAACAUUCGAGGGCUGGAUGGAAGUGAUGGCGGACGCGGUGGACGCGCGGGGGGAGGGUAUGCAGCCAGAGCGGGAGGCCAACCUCUACGCCUACAUCUACUUCGUCGUGUUCAUCGUCUGCGGCAGCUUCUUCACUCUCAACCUCUUCAUCGGCGUCAUCAUCGACAACUUCAACAUGCUGAAGAAGAAGUACGAGGGUGGCGUUCUGGAGAUGUUUUUAACGGACAGUCAGAAGAACUACUAUACGGCACUCAAGAAGCUUGGUAGGAAGAAGCCACAGAAGGUGAUCCGGCGCCCUCUGAACCACUACCACGCCCUCUUCUAUGACAUUGCUGUCUCUCGAAGGUUCGAGAUAGCCAUAUUUGUGAUGAUUUUCCUGAAUAUGGUUAUCAUGGGUAUAGAGCACUACGGUCAGCCCUCCUCCGUGGCCUCUGUUCUGGAGCUGUUCAACAUCCUCUUUACUACCAUCUUCUCACUGGAGGCUCUGGUGAAAAUAAUCGGACUGCGUCUCCAUUACUUCACGGUGCCCUGGAAUUUGUUUGACUUUAUACUGGUCGGACUCUCGAUCUUCAGCCUGGUCAUAGAGGCGGAACACUUUAACACAGAGUUUCCGAUCCCGCCCACUCUGCUGCGCGUCGUGCGCGUCUUCAGGAUAGGCCGGAUACUGAGACUCAUAAAGGCGGCGAAGGGCAUCCGGAAGCUGCUGUUCGCCCUGAUCGUGUCCCUGCCGGCGCUCUUCAACAUCGGCGCCCUGCUCUUCCUGGUCAUGUUCAUCUACGCCAUCAUCGGCAUCGCGCUGUUCGCCAACAUCCGGCACAGCGGCGUCAUCAACGACAUCAUGAACUUCGAGACGUUCGGCAACAGCAUGAUACUGCUGUUCAGGCUGAUCACCUCCGCCGGCUGGAACGACGUGCUGGACCCGCUGAUGGCUCAGCCGCCCGACUGUGACCCGAACCUGACGGCCGAGAACGGCGACAUCCUUCCGUACGGCGACUGCGGCCAGCCGCUGUUUGCCAUCAUCUACUUCGUCACCUUCAUCGUCAUCAACUUCAUGAUCGUCAUCAACAUGUACAUCGCCGUGAUCCUGGAGAACUUCAACCAAGCGCACCAGGAGGAGGAGAUCGGCAUCGUGGAGGAGGACCUGGAGAUGUUCUACGUGCGCUGGGCCAAAUACGACCCGCACGCCACUCAGUUCAUCAACUUCUCUCAGCUGUCCGACUUCAUAGCGUCUCUGGAUCCGCCGCUGGGUAUCGCCAAGCCGAACACGGUGGCGUUGGUCAGCUUCAACCUGCCGAUCGCGCGCGGCGACAAGAUCCACUGCCUGGACAUUCUGCACGCGCUCACCAAGCAUGUGCUCGGACACGUCGAAGAAACGGAGGAGUUCCAUAAGCUACAAGAACAGAUGAACGAGAAGUUCAAGAAGCAGUUCCCGACACGCAAGGAGCUGGAGAUCGUGUCGUCGACCCGCCAGUGGAAGCAGAUGGACCUGGCGGCCAGGAUCAUCCAGCGCGCCCUGAAGGCCUUCUGCCGGAGGAAGCGGGAGCGCGAGCGGCUGGCUCUGACGCUGGACGACUCUCAGACGCAGACGAGUCCGGGACGCUCGCCGACCACGCCCAUGUUUCUGCAGCGGGUCGCCUCGUACCUGCAUGUGCCGGCACUGAUGGCCGGCGGCCGACGCUCGCGCACCGGCAGUGUCGCCUCGAGCACGUCUCGGCCGGGCUCGCGCGCCAGCGGCGACUCGGCUGACUCGUCGCGCCGCUCGUCCUACCACCUGGGCGAGUCGUUCAGUCGAAUAGGCGUGCUGGGCGCCGGUCUGCCCGGCCUGGGUAUUGUCGGGUUCGACGUGCUGGAGCGGCGAGACAGCGGCCGUCGGCGCGGCGGCGGCGGCGGCGACGGUAGCGCCGGCGGCUCGAUGAGCCGGAUCAGUGAGCUGCCGCCGCCGCAGGUUCAGAUACACGAGGUGGACGAGGACGCGUCCAGUUGAUGACGCUGCCGGCGAGCUCGGACCGACCGGCCGCGGACGGGGCGGCUAUCUUUCAUACGCGCUCGCGCCGCCCGCGCCGUGGACGCGCUGUUAAUUUUGCCGGUUUUUGUAAGAAAUGUAAAAUGGUGUAUAAAUAUUUAUAGUACGGCACCGUGUCGAAAUCUAGACUGUACUUCACUGUAGUUUUCUCAUGUUCUCUUUGUGCGUAUGCUUGCAUUUGUCACUGCAGUAUUUUACUCCUGUGUACAGUCAUGUUACUGCUUGUUACUCAGUACGUGAUUUUAUAUCAAAACUGUUCGUAGGUGAGGAUUCUAUCAGCCCCAGUAUCAGGCCGUUUCCGACUCGUAGUCCAUAGCCGGGGCUGUCCGUGUAGCGUAUCGCCGGAACUGGCCCCCGUACGAUCGGGGCGACCCCGGCACCCUGGCUGUUGACCGGCCGGCGCGAACUGACCUGGCUGGCUGGCGCACUCCCUCUGUGGCCGGCUCACCUGGCACCGAGGCUAUCCACCGGCGGACCGUCACUCGAGGACUGGCUCGCCGGGCACUGUUCCACGCUCAGUCGUGCCAAAGACUCAUCGGGCAUUUGUAACGUUACGUACCUAUAGCACUAGUGCCUCGGUGCCGCCGUCUCGCUUUUUGUGCCUAGUCUCUAAAGUUGUAUUCCGGCUCUGGAUGCGGGCCGCUUCCGGUCGGCGCUGGCCGGAAGUGGCCACCACCGACCGGAAGUGGCUCGUUUCCGGUGCACCUGUUUCCUCCUUCCAGCCGGGCCCUGCGCCGCUCCUGCGGGGCGGGGCGCGGUGUCGUGCCGGCGCGCGACACUGUCUCGCUGUUCCGGCCGACGGCGGGCGGGCGGGGCGGCCGCAUCGGCCGUCGGCGUCCGCCGCUCGCAGGGGGCCGCUCUCCUGUCCCGCUCUGCUGACCGUGUCCGGUAGGUGCCCGGACACGGCGGUCCCGCGGGAAGAUCGCGGACAGCGCCGUGGUGGAGCCGCGCGCCACAUUUCAACAUUCUACACCCACAAUCCUCCGUAGCAGUUAUUUGUUGAAUUUUAUUGUCGAAAGCCCUAUUAUGGACACGGAUGAAAUAAACUAUGUUAAAUGAGA